AACAUCGUUUUCUCGGCAGAUUUUCUUCCUCUUUGAUCAAAAAGAAAGAAAGAAAAAGUCUUUAACGGUCAUAUAUUCUCUGGUCUCUUCGAACCCUAAUGGUAAAUGGAGUUCGGCGACGGCUUUCCCUUCGCCGUCGUCGACGCCAUGUUCAAGAGAGAGGACUACAAGCAGACCAAGCACGACCCUAUCUUCACCAAGUGGCAGGUUCUGAUAGGAUCCAAUGACUGGGAAGACUUCAGAAACGGAAAAGACGGUGCCACAAGAUACAGAGUCCAGAAUCUGCCCUGCAAAUCCUGUCCGGGUUUAUACGAGCUCGGUGUAGGGAUCAUCGGCCAUGACCAGGCCCGGCAAGUUGACUCACACGAUGUCCUCGUGGCCUAUCUAGGGCAAGCCGAGAGUGUCAGAUCCCGGCUCCAGUGUUAUGGAAGAUCAGGUGCCCAUUUGAAAAAUGUUAACCUCACAUGCGAUAACAAUGGCUGUGAACUCGAUGAAUCUCUGGAUAGGAAGGCUGUGACCGCAGGUUUGUUUGAAGAUAUAUUCUCGAAAGGUGGCUCCAUUCUAUACAGAUGGGCACCGAUGAAAUCGAAGAGGGAAGCCGAGGUAAAAGAGGUACUGCUUCUGGGAACAUUUGAUUAUGCGUGGAACAAAGGUAGUAAUGGGGAACGUCGCCAUCAAGACUUGCUCGAAAAACUUGGCCACCAUAAGUUUAUGAGCAAAAGAACCGAACGUUUUCCUUGGAUGCAUGUAUUUUCUUUCGCCAAGGAUCAUGUCGGUGUCAAAAUUAAAGGAGAGAAGCAUAUUCUUGCCGAGGAGAGAGAGCUGAAAGGUGACACAGAAAAGGAGAAGAAGAGUAGUAAUCUUCUCUCUGGAAUACUUAAACUCAGCCGGAACAGACCUCAGCCGGUUUCAGACACAAGUGAUAACGUUGUUGGUGCUGAUUCUGGUCCUGUUUGUGGAGUCAUACUGAAAGAUGGUACUUCUUGCACUAAAACUCCUGUCAAAGGAAGAAAGAGAUGCACAGAGCAUAAAGGAGAACGAAUUUGCCGGGUUUCCCCCAAACCCUCUCCCGAAAAACAUAAAAUGUGUGAGGUUUCACCCGGGAAAAAUCAUCAAGAGUCUGAUAUCACAUGCGGGGUGAUACUUGUCGAUGGGGAAACCUGCAGUAACAGACCUGUUUCAGGAAGAAAACGAUGUGAAUCCCACAAGGGCAUGAGGAUCAAUGCCUUUCUGUUCUUGUUGAACCAUGCAGAGCGCGAAAAGAACAUCUUGGACCAGAAAUCCAGCCCGGGAAAGUGUUCGGAGUUGAACCAGAAGAGUGACUCUCUCUUCUGCGAAGCGAUAACGAAGAGUGGCUCGCCUUGCACAAGAAGUCCCUCUAAGGGAAGCAGAAGGUGUUGGCAGCACAAAGAGAGAAUGUCAAAGGACGAAACUUCGCCGGAAAAUAUUUCUCCGGCGGGCGUAAAUCAGGUAACUUGCGGCGUUAAGUUAUAUGAUGGUUCGGUGUGCGAGGGAUCUCCGGUUAAGGGACGGAAGAGAUGUGAGCUGCACAAGGGGAUGAGAAUAACCUCUUGAUGACUGACUGACUGCAUUUGGUCAGAGUUUAGUUUCGGUUUUCUGUACCAAACCGGUUAAGAACCGCAAGAUUGAUUGGUUUGUUUAACAAAACCGGAUUUUUACUUUGUUUUGUAACUGUCUAGGUUGUAUUUUUUUUUUGUCUGUAAUAAAUUAAUUGAGAUUCUACUAAAAAGGGCAAAGAAAAUUUG